AUGUUUAUGCUUAUUGCCCUAAGCAGCGUGAUGCUUGUUUCCCUAGGCAGUGCAGGUCACGUGCGUGCUGUAAUUACUAUAAUAGAGCUUAAUAAAGCUAAAAAAGCUGCCUACUUGCGUGCCGCUGCUCUGCGGGGCUGCGCUGCCCGCAAGCCCGCGCCCACUACCCCCUGCCGGCGCCCGCUCCCCGGCCCGGCCUCCACUCCCCGCCGGCCUCCCCCUAGCACAGCUGCCUGCCCCUAUAAGCCUUAUAGUACGCUUUAUUACAGCGCUUAUUACAGAGAACAAGUAGGCUAUGUUUUAGCUUUAGCUAGUUCUUUAAGCUCUGCUUAA